AUGACCAUGACCACGACCACGACCACGGCCAAAGACUGCACGGUCCCCGAGACCCAGGGUCGUUCGAAUAGUGGCCUAGGUGGACCCCGCGGCCCGCGAGCCGACUAUGCGGUAGAACUGGAAAAUCGCAUGCUUAUACGGCAAGAGAAAAUACAUGAGGAAAAGCUUGGUCGUCGAGAUUCGAGGCUGGGAUUGCGGAAAAUGUUUGCCAGAUCAAAAGUCGGGAAAGACGACGAUGCCCUGAACCAUGCGCAUUUGCCAGCCAAGCCUGCUGGUUUCCCCUCGUCCAAGGCCGUGGCAGACCAACUGCGCCAGUGCCUACACGGGGAAAAUCGCUCCCAGUCGUCCCUGCCAGCAAACUUUGCUUGUAAACCACUCCCCGUCGCGGUCGGACAUGUCCAAGAUGAACAGCUUCAGCAACAUCAUCAUAGAGCUCCCUCAGCAAAGCCGAAAAAGGCGAGAGCAGAGCAGGCUUGGAAGGAGCCAAAGAUGGACUGGUCUUUGCCACCACUCUUCAAGGCCUUCCCCCAAGCCGUCUGCCACGCCACCCUGCCAGCAACGUGCCUGUCUGCCGACGCGAUUUUACGCAUCAACGGGAAGAAGAAUCACCUGCAAACGAUGGAGCAGGUUGGCAUCAUGCCAACAACGCUCGAAGGCGGGGGUGAAACAUUGGGAGGAGACAAGGCCAAGUUCAAAACCAGGGUUCGCCGAAACGGUACCGCCCUCGGAGAAGAUCUCGAGUGGACAACCAAGACUUACAUCCUGGCGACGUCGGGAUAUCUACUGCAAUACUCUGGACAAGGUGCCUUUGAUCGCCUGCCGGAGAAAAUUCUCCGCUUAGGGCCAUCCUCUGCCGCGUUCGCCUCCGAUGCCAUCCCUGGCCGUCACUGGGUCAUUCACCUGUCCUCGUCAGCCAUUGUGGACGAUGUCCAGACAUUCGAUGCCCGCUCCAUCUUGUCCAGGCUGUCUUUCCGCUUGGCCGAGCGUCGUACUACGGCCAACUUAUUCCUGGUCUUUAGGGACGCGGAGAGCAUGGAAGGGUGGCUUGCAAGUCUACGAGCUGAAAUAGAAAAGCAAGGGGGCAAAGGGAAAUCGCCAGAGCCUGGCAGACCGGAACAUGGGGGUAUCAAGGGGUCCGCGAGACAACAUGCGGCUCAACGAACCCUGAUCGUGCCAGAUCUGUACAGAUUUUCAAUCCCCAGUGGAAAGACCGGCUACACGGCAGCAAUGCCGCUGCAGGAGGAACCUCGAUACAACGCGAGUUGCGCGAGGAUGACGGGCUCUGAGACCCAUUUCAGCCACUUACUGGAUGAUGUGUCGACGACGACGACGACCACCACCACCACCACCACCAACAGCACGAUUUCUCAGGAUGAACGGCAACUCGACAGUCUCAGGGAUAAUCGUCGUCGCUUGUCUUUUAGUUCCUCUGGGCAGGGAACGUUUCUCUCGUCAACUGAUUCGUCUCCCACAUUAUCUCCAACGCAGGACAAAUUCACAGAAGAGGCGGUCGAGCCUGAUCAUGACUCUGGCAGGACAGAGGAGGCCGCAGCGAGAGCGAAUGCCCUCAAAAUUGCAACCCGACGGGAAUCGACGCAAACAGGGUAUCAAUUGGUCCAAGACGUGGCGUUGAGGAGCGAUGUGCGGCCCGAAACAACCACUUUCACGGCCAAACAGGGCAAAAGAGCCAUUUCUCCUGCUGGCGUGACGCCGACUCCCAACUUCAGCGUCCCGCACAACUGUGACCGCCGUUUUUCGUACAUCAAAGGGCAGGGGACCUGCAAAGACACUGGGACGAGCCGGGGACGGCAUGGCGACAGGUCUGCCAAAACGGGCCGCAGCUCCUCUGCAGUGAUGCAAUCAUGUCAUGGCGUCUCCGACGUAGCGGACCAGUCGGCGGCACGAGGGAUGGCUCCAUCUUGUCCGACGUCGCCCACGUUCCGCGCAUCUACUAAUGUCAGCAACACGGAGCAGCGAUGGCAACCGACAUGUUGUGAUAAGUCUGCCAGGUGCGGCGGCGCCGUACCGCGAGAAUCCACGCCAUGGAGUGCUCAGUGGCACCGUAGUACUCGCCAACAUGCGAGCAGCAACAGGGCAGGCAAGCACCAGCCGUCGUCUUCUUCAGCAGCGUCUACGGUGAGCUCAUGCGGAUCCCACUGCAACGCCUCCAUGCUGGACGACAAGUUCUCUUUCCUUGGAAAAGUCGAACAAGGAGGCAACUGCACCUCGUUCCUAGAUAUGGGAGACGGGAAUGACGAUGACGACGAGUCAGCAGCAGAAGAAUUGUCACUGGCCCAUGAUGGAGCAAGAGAGGGAUUCAUACCAAGUGGAAGAUCAUGGCCUCGAUAUCACGCCCCCGACUCGACCGUGUCCUGUGACGAUUCCAAUCGUUGGUCGGCUGCGGUCGCAGCAUCACCAAGGAAUGGCGGACGUCGCAACGACGGCAAAGCACCAAGUUGCUGGGUCGGGGAUUGUCGAAGCAUGGCUAGUCGAAGCAUGGCUAAAAUAGCCGCCAUCAGCGGACCUCCGCCAGCCCCUCCGCCGACCCGGGCUUUACCGCCGAUUCCACAGCGAGUGUGA